GAGUUCUCGGCUCUUCUGGAGACGUCGCCUGGUUACGACCUAAACACCGCACCAGCUGGCGAGCCUGAGUCACCGUGCAGGGUGACAUGGGCGCCAGCCAACACCAACACGGAUCGUCGCGACUGUUACUGUCGCUUUCCGCUCGAGCGCUGAUGAAACUCACCAAAUGGACCGGGUGCUUGUCAGCGUAAGUUUUCGGACUGCGCAGCUAGUUGUGGCGGUGAGAAAUACGGUCCGACAUUCUGCUCAGCAGGGCCUGCACACCAGACGGUCGUUUUCCCCGUGCCGACCGCGACUGCCCGACGCGCCAUCGGUCUUCCUGCACUGCCAAAAAUAUGCCCCCGGGGCAGAGCCGCAGCGCCAGGCGCGCCGCCGACCGCUCGCUAUGUCAGUAACGAGCGAACCGCGAUCGCGAACGCGACGUACGUAGCCUGCUCUCGGCUUGGCACAGCGUGGGCUGUCUACUUUGUCAAAGAUCAGCUUUGGACUGGUUGAAUGCGAUCAAGACACGUCUAUCAAGGAUACCACUAAUCGCGAUGGAUCAAAUCGGCUCUGUGUCUGUCCUGGACGACUAUCUUCACAACAUUGUCGGCGAAGAGGCACACGUGCGUAUAGCUUUUGAUGAGUGUGUGGGACGUCACCUGGUAGCAACCCGUGACCUCGCCGUGGGUCAGGUCAUCGCCCGCGAGACGCAGGCCAUCUCGGCGCCUCAGAGUGGACGUCUUUGUGUCGGAUGUCAGCGCCGUCCUGCCGGCUCCGAAGGUUGUCCCCGCUGUGGGUGGCCGCUCUGUAAUAUUUGUGCGGAUAAGGUGGAGAGCGGCAGUCUGUCGUCUUCGUGGCUGCAUGUAGAGUGUGAAAUCCUGACACCGCUGCGCGAGAAGCGUCCGUGGCAGACAUGGCGUGCGCCCGGUGCGGUGCUGGGAGUCCUGCGUUGCCUUCUGCUGCGCAAAGAGCGACCCGACGUCUGGGCUGCCGUUGACUGUCUCCAGGACAACGUCACGAAUCUCGGCCGCACUCCGUGGCUGCAGGGAUGUCUGCAGAACAUCAUCGCGCCGAUCCAGAACGAUUGCGGCCUGAAUGAGUCCGUGCGAACUCUAGCACACAUCGCCGGGGUGCUAGACACCAACUCCUUCGCGGUAUCGGCUGCAGAUGGCAUGUCUGCCAGAGCGCUAUACCCACUCCUCUGCCUGAUGGCUCACGACUGCUCCCCAAACACCAACCGCUUCUUCGACUCUGGUGUGACCACACUGAUCGCCACCAGACCCAUAGCAGUCGGAGAGCGCGUCCUCACGUCCUACACCUCCCUGCUCUGGGGAACGGACGCCAGACGCUCCCACCUCGCCGCCACAAAGUUCUUCCACUGCACCUGUCGUCGAUGCGAACAGCCCAGCGAGCUCGACGCUGAGGUGACGUCUCUGGCCUGCCACAAAGAUGUCGACGAUGGCAGCGUCUGCGGAGGUAGACGAUCGUGCCGUCGUGUCGGGGACGACGAGGUCUGGGAAUGCGACCGGUGUGGGUUCAGGAUGCCGGCAGCCAAGGUGCGCACGCUGCACCAGAUGCUGGCGAUGACGCUGGGCAGGACUCUGGAGCUGCGGGACGUGGAGAAGGCGGAGCGCUGGGCGGAGGCACACCGGGAGGUGCUGGCUGAGAACCAUCACUUUCUGCUGGAGGCGCGUCUGUUGCUUGUGGACCUGUACGCGGAGAGAAAGGAAGGUGAUGUUAUCGAGAACAACAGAAAGCGACGACGUCUCUGCGAAGGCCUGCUGGACAUCACUUCCAGGCUGGAUCCGGGCCCCACUCGCAUGAGAGGGAAGCUCCUCUGCCACCUGGUCGAGAGCACUGUGCUGGCUGGCGACCCUCGGCAGAAGCCAGACUCGUGGUACGUGGCAUUGGCUGAUGAGGCGGUGGCCAUCCUUCGCUACGACGGCCUCCUGCGUCCACUGGCAGAGCGAGUUAGGGAGCUGGUCAGGGCUCGGAUGCCUGCUACCUGAGCGCCACCUACAUCCAGAGUGCGCGACCCGCGCGCUACCUGUGCUCGAGCCUCGAAGCUGCUGGCCUGUUGUCCACUACCUGAUGCGGCUCACUGUCGCUGAGUGUCGUGUAUGUCUUUGUCGAAAAAAACGGCUGUCACGUUUUUGCAGUCCAGUGGCUGCCUUCAAAUAAAAUAAGGUUAGAUGAUUAUUAUCACGCCAUAGCACAUUAUUUGUAACUUUCCAGGAAAGUCUUCAUGCAUGACAACCAGAUAGGCAGCUUUUUUACUGAUGAGUCUUGUGCCGAACUGCCUAAAAUUGAUAUGAAGGUAGAAGUGAACCCAUGAUGAUAGGAUACGGCUAGAUGGAUACAUCAGUUGUUAUCUGCGAGUACCUCUUGUUUUGUAUUUUGAAACGAGUGAUCUAAUAUCACUUGGUUUAUGUGCUGGAACUUAUCACAUACACAAUACCUUUAUCGAGCGAAAACUUGAUAUAGAAAUCAAUACCGGUAAGAA